AUGGCUAGCGUGAAGAGUGGGUUGACGACAAUCGGGGCCGUUGCCAUUGGACUGGAUAGCAAGGUGGGUGACUUCCUGGAGGACAUCAUGCAGCUGUUGUUGGGCGAUCCCUUGGGCUCUGGGCCCUUCCUGGCCGAGCCCAGCUCGGACCAGGUCAGCGGGGACGCCCGCGUGCGGUACUUGGCUUGUGAGUCGCUCUUCAACGUGGCCAAAGUCGCCAAUGAGGAGCUGUUACCCUACUUGGACCGAAUUUUCGAUGGACUUUCGAGGCUCGCAGGAGAUGUGGUUCCAGACGUGCGCCAUGCUGCACAGGUCUUAGACCGGCUGUUGAAGGAUAUCACUUCGCACCAUCAAGACAAGCUGAAUGUGGGAAGUUUCGUGGAUGAGUUAGCCAAGCGGAUGAAGUUCAAAAAUCCCAUGAUUCGGCAGCUCUGUCUGGGGUGGACCAGCUUGGUGUUGAGUAUGGAGAAUGUGGAUCUGGAAAGCUUCAUUCCGCGCUUUCUGGAAGGCAUCUUUGAAGUCAUGGAAACCCACGACCACAGCCGGGACAGUCGGCAAAAUGCCGACACUCUGCUGGACAAAUGCUUAGAGAAGGUGAAGAAUCUGGAGCGCCCCAAAGCUCGCAGGAUCAUUUUUCAGACGGCCCAGCGCCUGGCCCAGAGCUGCAAGAAUCAGGACAAAGUCAUACGCCUGUGUUCCUUGUGUUGGCUCUACGAAUACGUCAAGCUGACGCCCAACUUUGCUGGCGCUGCCUGCGCUGCGUCGUCCAGCGCGUCGUCCGCCUUCGCCCUGCGGGAGACGGACGAAGGGGAGGCCAUGGCCUGGCACAACGGCUGGUCGCAGCGCCUGCCUGACGUGAUGGAUGGUGUGUUCGACUGCAUCGGAGACAAAGAGACCGAGGUUUCCCAGAUGGCAGUGGACCUCAACAACAGUUUGCUGGAGCUCUCCGGGUCCCUUGGGGACGGUUUACCCGUGACCGAGCUGGUCACGAAGCUUCGGAACCGGCUGCGGCCCCCGGAGGGCCGUCAGCUGGGGCAGCCCGCAGCCGCGGCCACGGGCAGCGAGGAUCCCACCGGGCUGGUGGUGGUGCAGGUGGCGUGCCUCCAAUGGAUCUGCCUGUUGCUGGCAGAUAGCCCCCAGCAGAUGUUGCAGAAGGAAACCAUGAAGGAGCUGUUCAUGCCCAUCUUUGAGAACCUAAUGCAUCCCCAUGACCAGGUGGUCAUAGCCUCCCUGAGGGUCAUGGCUCAAAUUAUGGAGGCUCACCCAGUGGAGGAGUUGACCAUCGAAGAUUUCUUCCAAGAUCGCUGCGUGGACACAUUCACCGCUCCCAGAGCCCCGGGUCCGGUGGACCUCUUUACGAAGAUCGUGGAGAGGUUGCUCCUGGUCUUUUCCAGCGAGCGCGAGAUGUUGGAGUCUCGGGGCCGUUUGAUGAUCCGCCAGCUCUGCGGACAUCUGGACCCCAGGAGGCUCUACGUGACGGUGGCGCGUGCCAUACAGCAGGAGCCCAACAAGGACUUUGCGCAGAAGUUGGUCCAGACCUUCAACUGGAUCCUCCUGACAGCUGCUGAAACCCGCCAGCUUAGAGAGGAACUGCUGGAGGAAUCCCAGUCCCAUCCCCAGCUGCUGCAGUUGGCAUCGCUGCCCAACAGCACCAGUGGAACUGGGGCGAAGGAGGUGAAACCCCUGUUUCUGGAACUCUUGGAGCCAUGGUUUCACAACCCGGCCAGUGCUUUAGCCUUAUGUCUCUGGUCCCAGCAAUACGACUUGGCCUCUGAACUCACAGCACGCUUCGCGAGCUUUGAUCCCACGCUGGAGUUUCUGCAGCAGUUGGACCAGUUGGUGAUGCUCAUUGAGUCGCCCAUCUUCUCCCGCCUCAGGUUGCGGCUAUUGGAGCCACGUCAGCAUCCCUCGCUCCUGAAGUGCUUGCUGGGUCUAGCCAUGCUGUUGCCGCAGGCUGGCGCCUUCCAGGCCCUGACCGAACGGAUGCAACUGGUGCAGAGCAGCUUGUUGCUGGAAGCGCGGGAGGCGGCACCGAAAAGUGGAGAUUGGUGGGGCCAGGACAAGAGGACUUUGGAGCUAAAGGCUUUGCUUGAAACUUUCGACAAGAUCUCACAUGCCUAA